AUGGCGCGGAGCUUCUCCAUUCUCUGUGUCGUCGGACUCAGUGGUGCCGACGCCACGCGCGCGGCAGCCUCGACGAAGCUAUCAGCACAUGGGGCGGCAGCGUACGAAGACUUCCGCCAGGAGUACAGGGCUGGAGGGGAUGCUGGUCCGGACCACGUCAGCUACGCCACUCGCGCCUCACUCUUCCAGGUACGGAGCGCAGAGAUUGCUGCCCACAAUGCUCGGCCAGGCGUCUCCUGGAAGAAGGGGAUCAACAGGUUCACCGACCGCACCGACGCGGAGCUUCGUGGCAUGCUGGGCUACCGGCGCGUCGGGCAUCUGAAGGCGCCCACUGGCGCCAGCUCCUUCCUGGAAGUGAAGCCCUCCAAGAAGGCCUUGGCCGCGUCUGUGGAUUGGCGAAGCAAGCUGAACAGCUCCCGAAGCUUCGUACGUGGUUGUGGUUCUUGCUGGGCCGUGGCCGCCGUCGGCGCGCUCGAGAUGCACGCUGAGGCCGCUACGGGGAUCACGAAGCCUCUCUCAUUCGAGGAGCUGGUGGAUUGCGUGCCGAACCCGAAGCACUGUGGCGGUGACGGCGGCUGCAAGGGCGCAACCGCGGAGCUCGCGUUCCAGUAUGUCCAGGAGCACGGGCUCUCCGCCGCGGACAGCUACAAGGGCUACAUGUCGGGGGGCGACGGCAAGUGCCGGGUAUCGCAGGCCAGCAGCCAGAAGAGCACCAGGUCCACAGGGUGGGAGCGGCUGCCUGAGAACAAGCUGGACCCACUGCUCGAGGCCGUAGCGAACAGGGGUCCCGUCGUGGUCUCGGUCGACGCGUCCGGCUGGUCCAGUUACCAGUCCGGCGUCUACACCGGGUGCGAGCAGAACGCCACAGUGAACCACGCGGUGGUGGUGGUGGGCUUCGGCACCGACGAGGCGUCUGGCAAGGAUUAUUGGUUGAUCCGCAACUCGUGGGGCGAGGGCUGGGGCGAGCAGGGCCACAUCCGCCUGGAGCGCCACAAGGCCGACGAGGGCGACGCAGGGUAUUGUGGCGUGGACAAGUCCCCGCUGCAGGGCGUCGGGUGCGCAGGCGGCCCACCAGAGAUCCCGGUCUGCGGCAUGUGCGGCGUGCUCUCCGAUUCCUCGCUCCCGACGGGCGUGGUCAUCCAGGGCCUUGCGUCGCUGUGA